AUGUCCGAAAAUCACAGCUCUCCCGCUAGAGAUGAACAAUCUCACUCAUCGCCGGUACUACCAUCUUCAUUCGGAGGAUCAUCACCACCCUUAUUCUACAAUCCGUCAUCAUCGUCCCAGCAAGACACUUAUGGAAGUGGCCAAGUAAGAAAUCCAGACAUCGAGUCCUCACCAUUUAAUUACCCAUCAUCCUCUCAGAAUCAGCAUCAUACCUCAGACAAUCUUCCUUCCCAAAGAUAUUCUCAACGAAGCUCUGGUCCUAUCCGCUCGUCCGCUGGUAGAAGCGACCAUGAUCAAAUCCCGUCAUCAUUAUCAGGUACGCAUUCACAAAGAUCAUUGCACAGAAGGAGUGAUAUUCAUGCCUCAGAUUUGUCGUCUCCAAGGAGAAUUGUAGAUUUCGACUCACACUCUGCGCUCAGCUCAUCUUCCGACCCAUCUUCAGAGGCAACAGAGCCUUUACGUAUUAUAUGGGGUACUAAUGUUAGCAUUCAGGAAUGUGCGACCAACUUCAGAAAUUUUUUGAUGUCAUUUAAAUACAAAUACCGCAAGAUUCUAGAUGAAAAUGAGGACUUUGUGGAUAGUGUCGAUGAUGAAGAAUUGUACUAUGUCAAACAAUUAAAUCAAAUGAGAGAGAUCGGAACCCUGAACCUCAAUCUAGAUGCGAGAAAUUUACUUGCUUUCAAACAAACUGAAAAACUGUACUAUCAAUUAAUGAGUUACCCACAAGAAAUCAUCUCUAUUAUGGACCAGACGAUAAAAGAUUGCAUGGUGUCAUUAGUCGUUGAUACCAACAUGGACUUUAACCUCGACGAGAUUGAGACCAAGUUUUAUAAAGUCCGUCCUUACAAUAUUGAAAACUCAAAGGGCAUGAGAGAAUUGAAUCCCAAUGAUAUCGACAAACUAAUUAGUGUCAAGGGAUUGGUUUUAAGAUCCACACCCAUCAUUCCUGACAUGAAGGUUGCUUUUUUCAAGUGUAAUAUAUGCGACCACACCACAGUGGUGGAAAUUGACAGAGGUGUCAUACAAGAGCCAGCACGAUGUCCUCGGGUCGCAUGCAAUCAACAGAAUUCGAUGACGUUAAUUCAUAAUAGGUGCUCUUUUGCUGAUAAACAAGUUAUAAAGUUACAGGAAACUCCCGAUUUAGUACCUGAUGGUCAAACUCCGCAUUCCGUUUCACUUUGCGUUUAUGAUGAGCUAGUGGAUAGUUGCCGUGCUGGUGAUAGAAUCGAGGUGACUGGUAUUUUUAGAUCAAUCCCAAUAAGAGCAAGUGCCAGACCCUGUGUGCCUUGAAAUCACUGUACAAAACCUACUUAGAUGUGGUCCACGUAAAGAAGGUGAGCCAAAAUAGACUAGGCGUUGAUACAUCAACGAUAGAGCAAGAGCUAUUGCAAAACCAAAUAAACAACUCGAACGUCCAGGAGAUGCGACAAAUUACCGACGAAGAAAUACGAAAAAUUCAUGAAGUGGCACGUAGGCCGGAUGUGUACGAAGUUCUGUCGCGUUCAAUUGCUCCAAGUAUUUAUGAAUUAGAGGAUGUGAAGAAAGGUAUUUUGUUACAGUUAUUUGGUGGUACAAAUAAAACAUUCACUAAAGGUGGAAGAUAUAGAGGGGACGUCAAUGUAUUACUUUGUGGAGAUCCUUCCACAUCAAAGUCGCAAAUCUUACAAUAUGUUCACAAAAUUGCUCCGCGUGGUGUUUAUACUUCAGGUAAGGGUUCAUCUGCUGUCGGAUUGACAGCGUAUAUCACACGAGAUGUCGAUACCAAACAGUUAGUUUUGGAAAGCGGUGCUUUAGUAUUAUCUGAUGGAGGUGUUUGCUGUAUUGAUGAGUUUGAUAAAAUGAGCGAAUCCACAAGAUCCGUUCUUCAUGAAGUAAUGGAACAACAAACCAUUUCUAUUGCAAAGGCUGGAAUUAUCACAACACUGAACGCGAGAACUUCAGUAUUAGCCAGUGCAAACCCUAUAGGAUCACGCUACAAUCCCAAUCUACCCGUUACUGAAAAUAUAGACUUACCACCUCCUCUAUUAUCCAGGUUUGAUCUGGUUUAUCUGAUCUUGGAUAAAGUUGACGAAUCGACCGACAGAGAACUCGCAAAACAUCUCACAAGUCUUUAUCUUGAGGAUAAACCAAUUCACGGCUCACAAGAUGAUGUAUUGCCAGUUGAGUUUUUAACUACUUACAUCACAUAUGCCAAGCGUAACUUCUCACCUGUCAUAACUGAAGCUGCUAAGAAUGAGUUAGUGAAAGCCUACGUCAAUAUGAGAAAAAUGGGAGAUGACUCGCGCUCUGAUGAAAAGAGAAUCACCGCUACCACCAGACAGCUGGAGAGUAUGAUAAGGCUGUCUGAGGCUCACGCAAAAAUGCGCUUAUCUGAACACGUCGAACUUGAAGAUGUCCAGGAAUCUGUUAGGUUGAUAAAAUCUGCAAUUAAAGACUAUGCAACUGACCCCAAAACGGGGAAAAUCGAUAUGAACCUCGUGCAAACCGGAAAAUCAGUUAUUCAACGUAAACUUCAAGAGGAUCUUGCUCGAGAAAUAGUACGAAUUUUAACUGAUAAGUCUUCCAGCAGCAUAUCAUUCAAUGAGCUUAUCAGAGCAGUUAAUGAGCAGUCCCAAGACAGAGUUGACACUUCCGACAUUUCGGAUGCCUUGGCCAGAUUACAACAGGAAGACAAAGUCGUAGUAUUAGGCGAAGGGGUAAGAAGAUUUGUUCGUCUAAAUAGUCGUGUUU